AUGUCGACCUUCCACCACCCGGACUUUGAUGUCCCCGUCACGCUCCCCGACCGACUCUCGCAAGAGCAAGUCCUAAACUUUUACCCUUUUGCCUCGUGGAUCUCGACGCUCAAGAACUCGCUGGCCCUGCAGACAAACACCCCUUCGCACCCGUUCCACUCGGACCCGUACUUUCUCCGCUCUGUCACGGUGCAAGCGUUUGACCUGUUCGGGCAGCGCGUCGGCUUCCUGAAGCUGACGUCGGACGUCUCCAACGGCGCGGGCGAGAAGCUGUCGGGCGCCGUGUUCUUGCGCGGGCCCAGCGUGGCCAUGCUGGUGGUCCUGGUGCCCGACGACGCGCCCGCCGGCUCCGACGAGCGCUACGUGCUCCUCACCGUUCAGCCGCGCGUGGCCGCCGGCAGUCUCGGCUUCGUCGAGAUCCCCGCCGGCAUGGUGGACGAGGCCGGCAGCUUUGCCGGCACCGCCGCGAAAGAGAUGUACGAGGAGCUCGGGCUCGAGAUCGCCGCCUCCGAGCUGACGAACCUCAGCGAGCUGGCAGCGCUGCCGUCUGACGAUGGGGCGGGGGCGGCCGAGACCAAGACGCAGGAUGGCAACCUCCCCCGCGCUGUGUACCCGUCGCCCGGCGCUUGUGAUGAGUACAUUCCCAUCUUCCUGCACCAGCGUCGCGUGCCGAGGGAGCAGCUGAGCGAGUGGACGGGCCGCCUGACGGGCCUGCGUGACGAGGGCGAGAAGAUCACUCUCAAGCUUGUCAAGAUGCAGAGUCUGUGGAGGGAAUGCGCCAGAGAUGCAAAGAGUCUUUCUGCGUUGGCCCUGUGGGAAGGCUUGCACAGAGAAGGAAAGGUCUAG